AUGUCGGUAUCCCAAGAAUUACCAGAAGACGAUGAGAUCCGCGAUGUAAUCAUCAUCGGUGCAGGACCAUGUGGCCUCGCCGUCGCCGCACGCCUAAGCGAAGAAACACCAUCAGCAGUCUUCACAGACGAAGAACACCAGCGCUAUCACUGGAUAAAGAAGCACAGCGGGCGGAUGAAUCUGGUCCAAGGACGACACGGUAAGAUUAAGGGCGUACGAGCCGCAAAAUGGGAUAGCGAACGCCGAUGUCCUCGUCAAGAAGACCCGAGACGUACCUCUGACCCUGCGUCUCCUGUACCAUCACUAUCUUCCGCAUCGUCGACGUCGUCAACAUCCUCGACAUCAUCUAUCUCAACUCUUGUGCUGGAUGGCUCUGGGGAUAAAUGGAUGCAGCGGUGGCACAAUGCAUUCCGCACGCUGGAGAUCAAACAGCUCCGCAGCCCGAUGUUCUUCCAUGUUGAUCCCGGAGAUCGGGAUGGUAUGCUGGCUUAUACACAGGAGAGUGGACGGGACGCAGAUCUUUGGGAGAUUUCUGGGUGCGUUGGGAAGGAGAUGAGUAAACAUAAGAAGAAGAAGAGAAGACAGGGUGGGCAAACUCAAACAAUUGGAGCUGAAAUAGACGAACGUGAUCGGAAAGAUUACUUCUCGCCUUCCACAGACCUUUUUUCGGAUUAUUGUUCGUCGAUUAUCCAGCGGUAUGCUCUGGAUGAGCCCGGUAAAAUCUUGCAGCGUGAGGCCACGGAUCUCUCGUAUGAUUAUCUCUCCGAUAGUUCAACCUCAAAGCUGUUCACUGUCACCACAUCUACCGGAGAGAAGUUUUAUAGUCGGUCUGUUGUCCUGGCCAUCGGCCCUGGCGGAGCAGGUGUAUCGAAGAUUUAUCCGUGGAAACCCUCGACGGAACAAGAGGGUGCUGCAGCAUGUUGUCACAGUACGGAGAUCAAAUCAUUUCCCAGCCCCAAUGUACAGAACAAGAUCCAGCGGCGACAGGAAACCAAUGUUGUUGUCGUUGGAGGCGGGCUGUCGUCAGCACAGAUUGUGGACAUGGCGGUUCGCAAGGGUGUGACGAAAGUGUGGUUCUUGUUGCGGUCCGGCAUGAAGGUUAAACACUUCGACAUUACUCUGUCAUGGAUGGGCAAGUACAAAAACUGGGAGAAAGCAGCCUUCUGGUCUGCUGAUACCGAUGAAGAGCGCCUUGAGAUGCUUCAAACCGCCCGAAAUGGCGGCAGCAUUACACCACGCUACACAAAGAUUGUAAAGCAGCACGCAGCUAAAAACCGCGCCUCCAUCCACCCUUGCACAGUAAUAAAAACCCACGACUACAAUCCAGUAACCAAGACCUGGACCUUAACAACCGACCCACCAAUCCCCGACCUCCCUGCGAUAGACUACAUCUAUUUCGCAACUGGAGUACGGGCGGACGUGCGCGAGAUGCCGCUGCUCCGCGAAAUGAACGAUAAAUACCCGAUCGAGGUCAAGUCAGGACUCCCAUGUCUAACGAAUGAUCUAUCGUGGCGGGAUGACGUCCCAUUAUUCAUGACAGGCCGCCUGGCAUCUCUCCGGCUUGGGCCUGGGGCGCCGAAUCUCGAAGGCGCGAGGGUGGGCGCGGAACGUGUUGCGUGGGGCAUGGAGGAGGUUCUGCAUAAGGGGCGGGAUGUUGGUGGGCAGUGUGAGGGCUUCUGUGGGCUUGGUAAUCGGUAUGCUUCGCUGCUUGGGGAGUGUGAUGAAUAA